AUGGUAGAAACAUUAACACCAACGUUGAGUUCAGAUCCUGGUGGCGGAGAUGGUGGGCUUGAGUCAUUCAUAAUCAUCACCAUUGCCAUUGGAUCUCCACAAUUAUCUAUCCAUAAGACCUUCCUGAUUGCCCUUAGGUUGGCAUUCUUCUUUGCUGUGUUUUACAGGCAGCGGGAUGCCACAACCGGCGGAUUCUUUCUCUUCAGGAGGACAUUUGCAUCCCAUUCGAUACCCAAGUUUCGCCCUGUGGCAUUUAACUUGACAGACUUUGGGGCUGUGGGUGAUGGGGUCAUUAUCAAUAGAAAAAUGCUAUUCAUCCCCAGUGAAAAUGUAAAUGAUUGA